GCGCAUGCGUCAUACCGAAACAGGAAGUAUUUUUGAGUCAGAAAAUAGACGAUAUUUAAUUGGAGAAAAUAUCAAUUUAUUUUAAAAUAGUGACUUCAAUUGUAAAUAUUUAGGUAGGCUGGUAUAACGAAACGAUUUUGCGUUAUAUUUGUGAACAAUCAAAAUGGAAAUAUGGUUGAAAGUAUACUUUAUAACAACUUUAUUGGCUGUGUUUACAUCUAAAUGGACAGAGUGUAAACAAUUAGACGAGUAUAUACUGCACUAUGAGGAAUUGACAUAUAACACAGAACAACUACACAAUAAACAUAUGCGGCAUAAACGUUCAAUAGAUAACGCAGUGCAUUUAAACUUAAAUGCAUUUGAUAAAAACUUCAAUUUACGUUUAAAGCAUGAUGCAUCUGUGUUCACACCAGACUUUGUGCUCGAGUUCAAUGGGACAAAACAAAGACCAGACUUGUCCUUCAUUUACCAGGGAGAAGUUAAAGAUAAACCGGGCAGUUCUGUGAUGGGUGGGAUUAUACAGGGUGUGUUCACUGGUUCCAUUCAUAUACCCAGUGAGCAAGAGACAUAUCAUGUAGAAAACAGUUACAGAUUUUUCGAUAAGAAGCCACAGUUCCAUUCUGUCAUCUAUAAAGAAAGUGACAUGAACCUGGACCCAUUCAGGGAGAGAAGACUCAGGGAAAAAAGAGAUGCUGAAAAGUUGGGGACAUGUGGUAAUACAAACGCCAAAGAAUGGAUGAGACAAGUUGUAGCUUCAGAGAUAAAAGAAAUUAACAGAGCUAAAAGGCAUGAUUCCGCCUGGCAGGAGAUUCAGACUGAAGAUACACACCAGAAAUAUACGGAACAAGCCAACCGGAAAUCCGAGAAAAUUGUUUCCCGCAAGAAGAGAUCUUCGUUAAUAGAUGUUAAUUAUAAGAAGAAUUCAUGCUUCAUGUCGCUCAUGUCCGACCCUUUCCUUUAUGAUCACUACCUGGUCAAAUCUAACGGUAACAACGAGUUGGCAAGAGACGCUAUAUUAUUAUUUUUUGCUAGUCAUAUUGAUGCUAUAAAGAAGAUAUAUAUGGCUACAACUUUUGCGACGUACGAUAAUACAAUAUCAUACACUGCUGUUACAUUUGCUGUACAGAAAGCUAAGGUGAUGACACAGGCUGAUUGCAAUGAUGUAGACCUCAGACAAUUCUGUCAACCUAACAUCGACGUCAGUAAUUUCCUAAAUCUCAAUUCACUUAUCAACCAUGAUGGAUUUUGUCUUGCCUACGUGUUUACAUAUCGGGAUUUCUCCGCAGGAACUCUAGGCCUAGCCUGGGUUGGGGCCUCAAACUCUGCGUCUGGUGGAGUUUGUGAGAGAAACAAGAAAUUCAGCGAGAAGUCCGCAACCGUGUCAAAAAGUUUAAAUACAGGGAUUGUAUCAACAGUAAAUUAUGGCAAGGAAGUGCCUUCUAAAGUGUCACAACUGACUUUUGCUCACGAAGUUGGUCAUAAUUUUGGCUCGCCGCAUGAUGAUGGUAUAGAAUGUGCACCGUACGGAACGAGCGCCAGCGAUGCUAGUCAGGGAAAUUAUAUAAUGUACGCGAGUGCGACAAUGGGAGAUAAACCUCACAACAGUAUGUUCUCACGCUGCAGUAAAGACAACAUUACACGUGUCAUACAUGCUAUAGUGAACAAAAGCCCAGGCAAAUACAACUGCUUUGAAGAGAGUGGACCAUUCUGUGGGAAUGGUAUAGUUGAAGACGGGGAGGAUUGUGACUCUGGUUUCUACAAGGAUGAAACAGACAAUUGUUGUAUAGCUCGAAAUACACCUGGCUACACAGAAAAGCAGGCCUGUAAACUGAAACCUAAUGCUGUGUGCAGCCCGUCAAAAGGUCCUUGCUGUGAAAGCGAUUGUAACUUUACACCAUUUGCAUUAAACAAAACAUGCAGAUUCAAAGAUGAGUGCUACUCGGCAGCCUAUUGCUCUGGGAACAAGGCAGAGUGUCCGGAUUCAGUGUUAGCACCUGAUGGUAGUUACUGUAAUUACUUUGGCUUCACAUGUCAGAAUGGGGAAUGCGCUGGGUCAUUGUGUGAAAAAUUCCACUGGACAGAAUGUUUUCAGACUGGUAAAACUAAAACUAAAGAAGAACAAGAAGAAUUAUGUAAAUUAGGAUGUACCCACAAUAUAACAAAUGGAGAGUGCAUCUUGUCCAGUGACCUAGACAGAAUUAACAAAGAAUUUCCAGAAUAUGCGUCUAUGAUAGGCGAAGUGUUUGCAGGUCGAUCAAAAUCAGGGAGGGGUGAAUCUAACGAAAGAUCAGACGGUAUUAAACUAGCACCAGGUUCACCAUGUAACAAUUUCCAAGGUUACUGCGACGUGUUUUAUCGUUGCCGUGGAGUUGAUGCUGAAGGACCGUUGUCAAGACUAAAAAAUCUUAUCUUCGAUCCAGAAACCUUGCAAGACAUUUCCAACUGGAUUGUGGAGCAUUGGUGGGCUGUGUUGUUGAUGGGUAUAGGGUUGGUAAUAGCUAUGGGAUUGUUCAUCAAGUUUUGUGCCGUGCACACACCAAGUUCAAAUCCCAAGGCCAAGCCGGCGCGAAAGUUAAGUGAGACUAUGACUCUGCGUCGGCGCAGAAAUCAAAACAGACAACUUCCUCCACAACCGCAACCGGUACGCUAUCCCCAGUAUGAGAAGGAAAGAGGACGACGGGAGAGAGACUAUCAUUAUGGCCGGGAGCAGGAAUUAUUACAUGACCCCAAAUAUCCAGCCAAGGUAUAUAGCUCAGUAAAUAUAUACACAGGUCAUGCAUCUUGUAUUCUAUUAAUCCUGGGAAAAAACAAAUUGUUCAAAACUUUUUAUUUUCAUUUGAAUAUGAGCCGUGUCAUGACAAAACCAACAUAAUGGGUUUGCGACCAG